ACAGAAGUUAGCUGCUGUUGUUUCAACACCUGUACUGAAGUCAGCUGCUGUUGUUCCAACACCGGUACAGAAGUUAGCUGCUGUUCCCACACCAGAACAGAAGUCUGCUGUUGUUCCUACACCGGUACAGAAAUCAGCUGUUGUUCCAACACUGGUAAAGAAGUCAGCUGCUAUUCCUACACCACCAAAUAUGGCAACAUACCGCUGUACUGUCUCUUACGUAGAGUCUCCUGAUUCAUUCUAUGUAUCUCCACUUGAAAAUCAGGAGGUUUGGGAGAAGAUAUUGAUGGAUAUUCAGAACCCUAGUACCAGUCUGGAUCUAGUAGAAGUUGGUAAUAUUUGUAUUUCUGAACAAGGGGGUUUGUGGAGUAGAUGUAAGAUUGAGCAGGUGUCUUCAAAUACUGGUGAAGUAAGAGUAUUCUUUAUUGAUCAUGGAAGCAGAGAAACUAAACCUGUGUCAAGUCUGAUGAAGCUAGAGACUCACAGGAAUACUCCAGGGUUGGUUAGAAGAGUAGGGUUGGCAGGAAUACAACCUCUCCAGGGUGAAGUUUGGUCUGAUGAGAGUCUAGAGACUUUUAAAGAACUCGUGGACAUUGACGGAGGUACAACUUUCCAAGUUACUCCUCAAACCCAGGAUAAGGAUGGAUACAAGGUGAUCAUGGUUGAUGAGGAAGGAAUGAACAUGAGGGAUGUUCUUGUAGAGCUGGACCAGGCGAGGUUCGAACUUGAAGUUAUCGAAUCUGAACCUCGCAUGGAUGAAAUAGUUUCUAUGGAUCGUAGUAUUGUAGACGGGGACCAGGUAAUAUUCCUGAAUUGUGGAGAUUCGCUCAACAAGAUAUAUGUCAUAAAGAAGCUAGAUCGGGAUCACUUAAAUGGAGAACUGACUACUCUGAACCUAAAACUUGAAUUUUUUCCUGUUAAUCUGGAUAAUAUUCCUGUUUUGGGUGGAUAUGUGGCCUGCCCCUCUGAUAAUGAUCGUAUCUUUCGAGGGAGGAUAGAAAACAUAUUUACCGAGGAAAUGUUGGCUGAAGUCUUCUUAAUUGACGAAGGAUUAAAUAAAAUAAUAAGUUGGAAGGAAUUAAUUCCUAUUCCUGACGGAUUGUUUAGCUCUGAGGGGUACGCACAGAUGGUUCUACUGAAAGAUGUUCCGUCUAGAGAAGCACUUCAGUUCUCUAGAGAGAUUUCAACCCUUGCUAAUCAGGAAAUAAUCUACACGGUUCAUAUCUCAGGGGACAAGGUCAUCCUGAGCAGCCAGGAUUUCAACUUGAACACAAAAAUUUCCGCAAUUGCAUAUUUCGAGUCGAAGAUAAUGGAUACAGUUGGAAACAAUUUCUCCGACUUGGAUCCUGGUAUUUAUGAAGUAGUUCUACUUUCCAACGCAUCCACCAGCCUAUUCUAUGUAUCAACAAAGGAACUGAUAAAUAGGUGGAUAGAGAAGAUAUCUAGACUGACCGAGGAGAGUUUAAAGACUGAAUCGACGAGUAAAGGAUUGAAAGCUGAACCUGGUGAUCUAGUUCUAGUUUCUAGUGGAGGAACCUGGUGCAGAGCACUUGUUAAGAAGUGUCAAGACUUGAAUAUUAUUCAGGUUCUUCUGGUCGACAUAGGUGUAGAAGAUGAGUUUUCCAUAACUGAGAUCCGUCCUCUUCCUGCCAGUUUGCAACAAGAGAGAUUCACAUCCAUUCCCUGUGUUUUGCAAGGCUCGGAAAACCUGGAACCGUGGGAGACUGAAAACUUGGAUGUUUUUAACAGAAUAGGAUUCAAUACUGAGCUCAGGGUGGAAAUCCUUGGGAAGAUUGGAUGGAGAAAUAUUGUUCGUUUUGUCAAUCUCUAAAAUAUGUCGCUAAUGACUCCGUUACUGUUACGUAAUUUUUUUUUACUUUUCUUAAAAUUUUUUUCCCUUCUAGUGAAAAUUCGACCACCAGUUUUUACUUUAUUAAUAGUAUUUCAUACCUCGAUUAUACAAUGAAUCUUUGUAAAAUUGAUUUUUUUUCUGAAUAUUUCCAACCUUGCACAUAUACUUUAUUAAUAGUUUUUCAUACCUCUAUUAUAAAAUGAAUCUGAGUGAAAUUGAUUUUUUUUCUGAAUAUUUCCAACUUUGCACAUAUAGCCAGUGGACUGAUUUAAUACUCUUAAUAUUUGUUAAACACAUUGUAAAUUUUUAGUGAAGAAUAAAAACAAAACAAAAACAUUA